UAAACUGACUCCAAAUCUGUUUGGCUUCGCGUCAUCAAAACCCUAUGCCUGAAACCCAAAAUCCUGGAGUUGCAGUUAGGAGUUUAUGCUGCAAAAUGCUGGUUCAUUCUAACAUGGUCAGCCCUGCUGCAGACCACACUGAUUUGUGCGAGCAGCAAAGUGUUUUUAUCUGACUGAAGACAAGUGAUGGAAUUACCUCUUUACAGUCAUUUUGCCUCGUGCAAUAGUUGGCUUCCUCUUGUUUAAGAUGGGGAUUGUGAUUAUAAAAGAAUGGUUGGGACAGAAUGGGUUUCUGCUCUGCCUGGCUCCCCACUGGUAUGUGUUCUGGAGAGAGUUGAGCCUUACACUAUGGCAGAAUGAGCCAGAAGCACAGAAAGGAGCAGCUGCCUUCCUGGAAUGCCUCACCUGAGAGGCCAGGCUAACUGAAUUGCUGUUCUAUAGGGAGACAGGGAAAGGAGGUCAGCAUGGUGCUUGCAGAGAUGUGCACAAGAAGUGCUUCAGAGGCAAAAGGGAAGGGUUUGUAUAAAUAUGUUAACAUAGUCUUCUGGAGACAGCAAAUGGGAUUGAGCUGUGAGUGAUGUUCUUGCUUUGGGUAGUAGAGGAUUGUACCUUUAUGGGGAAUUGAGUAAGGGAUACAAACACAAAAGAAAAAAAUCUAAGGGGAAUAAAGGUCAUUAAAAUUGAAUUUGGAGUAUAUGUGCCAGCUGUCUUUGUAGGGUUUGAAGAACUUAGAAUGUGGUAUAAUUAUUUGUGAUUAAGACUGUUAAAUACUUAACUGUGUUCACAAUUUCACUGUUAAUAGGUAUGAACUUUGAGUUAAGCCUAUAUUAGGUUUGCACACAGCUUAUCAGAAUUGUUUACUGCCUGUACAUUGCAAUAUGUGAUACUGGACAAAUACUUUAGCUGUUCUUAGGAGUCCCUACCAUCAUUUUAUGUUCCCCUGUAGAUGUCUUAUGUGUGGUGAUAAAUGCAGUGUGUGGAACUUAAGUGUACUGCAGUGUUUUAGCAGGAUUUCAAGCAGUUUAACAAUUUACUAGAUCAUCAGAAUUUUUCUGCUGUUCCUGUUUAAUUCUGUUUCUUAUACAAUGUCCGUAAUUGUGGAUUUGAGCAUAUUCUGACAUGGCUAACAUCUGUCAUGUGUGAUUCUCCUUUCUGCUCCCUGGGAGGAAAAUUAUUGAGAGAAAAACGCAAGAGUCUCUAUAUAAACCACCAUCCUCCUGGGCAGUUGAGAAGGAAGUACAGUUCCUGCUCCACUAUUUUCCUGGAUGACAGCACGGUCAGUCAACCAAACCUCAAGUAUACCAUCAAAUGUGUAGCUCUUGCAAUAUAUUACCACAUCAAAAACAGGGACACAGACGGAAGAAUGCUCUUAGAUAUUUUCGAUGAAAACCUUCAUCCCCUUUCGAAAUCCGAAGUGCCACCAGACUAUGACAAACAUGACCCGGAGCAGAAACAGAUUUACCGCUUUGUCCGGACGUUGUUCAGUGCUGCUCAACUGACUGCUGAAUGUGCCAUUGUCACCCUGGUAUAUCUUGAAAGACUCUUAACUUAUGCAGAGAUAGAUAUCUGUCCAGCAAACUGGAAGCGAAUAGUACUGGGGGCAAUUCUACUGGCAUCGAAAGUGUGGGAUGACCAGGCAGUGUGGAACGUGGAUUACUGCCAGAUCCUGAAGGAUAUCACAGUGGAAGACAUGAAUGAGCUGGAACGCCAGUUUCUUGAGCUGUUACAGUUCAAUAUUAAUGUUCCCUCCAGUGUUUAUGCCAAGUAUUAUUUUGAUUUGCGAUCCCUGGCAGAAGCGAAUAACCUGAGCUUUCCCUUGGAGCCCCUCAGCAGGGACAGGGCAUAUAAACUUGAGGCCAUUUCUCGCCUAUGUGAAGAUAAAUACAAGGACUUCAGGAAAGCUGCAAAGAAGCGGUCGGUCAGUGCUGACAAUCUGACUGUGGUUAGAUGGUCCCCUGCAAUUAUCUCCUAACAGAGGAGACUGGAAUAUUCCUACGGACCUACUGUUUCAUCCAUCCAUUUUUUUCAGAGUGGGCUGGGGGCGGGGGGAUAAAGAAAAAAAGACUUUUGAUUUUUUUAUUUUUAAAUCUGUCAAGCUGCCUUUACAGUGCCUCCCCAUUGUGUAGCACACGAGUGAAAUGCCUAACGGAAGGAGAAAUGCAGAAAUUGGUGUUCGGGAGAGAAGAUCGGCAACAAUUAUUUUCUCACUUCCACUAACAGCUUUACACUUUUAUGAGGAAACAGCAAAUCAGGUGCUUGGAAGAAGAAACAAAAAAAAAAAUGAAGUAGAGGCAGAAAAAUAUUAAAGAACUCUGCCAUUUUCUAUUAUAUUGUACUCAUGAAGGGAAAUGGCAGCAUGAAAAAAAAAACAUGUAGUCAGAUGACUGUGCACUAGAGGAAUGACAUUGGGAGAGUUCCAUCUUAAAGGUUUCUCUUAAUAUCUUUUUGUUGUUGUUGUUGUUGGGUUUUUUUGCAUUCCUCAUUGCUGCUUCCCAGGAUAAAUUCUUCCCCUUGCACAGCAGGAAAUAAAAAAAAUCUGUAUUUACAGUAGCACAAGCCCCUGAAUAAAUAGUGUUGGGUUUUUUCACUGCACUUUUCUCUGUAACCUGUCUUAUUAGCAUUAUUCUUCUUAAUUCUUAUGCAUAUGUUACAUAUGUUUCUUGUAUGCCUUUUAUUGUAUUUCAAAAGAGAGAACUUGACCAUAGUGCUGAACCAAAAGUGUGUACAGGGAUCAGAAGAUCUUCGUAAUUUCAUGAUGUGUUUUAUUUAUAGUAUACUUGGGUGCUUGUGCCUUCCUGAGUUCUUGGAAUCAUUUAUUUUUCCUUAAUAUAAAGAUACAGUUGUUAAAGUCUUGAGAUGAUGAUGAUAAGACUUGGGCCAAAUCUCUGAAAUUUGCAACAGAUCUUGUGAUCCUUUUUGCAGAUUUUCAUAGCAUUAGAAGUUUAGCAGAAUUCAUCCAUUUUGAAGGAGAUUUUUUUUUUUUUUUGUGACCUGACAAGUUCAUUCCUUCACCUCCAGUUCCAUUGUUGCAAGCAAUAUUCUCAAUUUUUAUAUGUUUACUUUAAAUCAAAGUGAGUCUGUUUGUAUAAAAUAAAAAAUAAUAAAAAAAUUGUUCCAACGAGAAGGCCUCUAGAAGAGCAGAAUGGAAAUCUUAAUGAGGUAUCUGUCACAAGGAGAUUUGAUUUGGAAGCUAAAUACAAACCCUCAUGUUUUUCAGUGUAGGUGCUUAUAGAAGUUAAAAGUAACUGAACUGUGAAUAUAAUUUCCAACUCGGUUUAUUGAACUCCUCUGUUGUUAUUAUUAUUUCGCUCUUACUGUGGCUGUUCCCCCCCUUGGCAAUUGUAAGAACCUUUAUACAAAAUAACUUGUCAGUAUAAGGAUAUUUGCUUCAUAACACCACAGGGUGAUUUUUUUCCCCCAGUUGUUUUUUUUUUUUUUUUUUUGUUUUGUUUUGGUUUU